GCACAGUGACAGUACGUAGCUUCUGAACAAUUCAUCAUUCACUGGCCAUACAGGCUCUCUUAACUAGCAUACAUUCACACAGCAAAAAGAGAAAAAGAAGAUAAUUUCCUUUGAAGAAACCGCUGAUUCCUCAUAAAUCUCCGCCAUUUAUAACCCCCUCAUUAUCACUCUUUAAGUUUCAUACUCAUACACGAAGAUAGUGGAACAAGACUAACUAAGAGAGAGAAGAGAGAGUUUCACAUUCUUCAAGGCUAGUUGCUGAAGAGAGCUGUGAUAUCUGUCCAGGUGGAGGCUUUGUGCAGUUUUUACCAUGAGGAAAAACAUAUUGUUGAUACUUCAGUGUCUUUUACUUCUGGAAUGCUAUCUGGCUUCAACAAUGGAGGCAGCAGAUGCAGGAGUUCCAGUAACAGUUAUGUCACCUCCAGAAGGUAACACAACAUUCCUUGAUGGAACAACAUGGUGCGUGGCCCUUAAUGGAGUUUCACAGAUUGAUUUACAAAAUGCAUUAGACUGGGCCUGCGGACUGGGAAUGGCUGACUGCAAUGCCAUCCAAAAAGGUGAAGCAUGUUUCGAACCAGACACGCUCGUCUCUCACGCCUCCUUCGCAUUCAAUAGCUAUUAUCAACAGAAUGGCAAUUCCGAUAUUGCUUGCAAUUUCGGAGGAACUGCCACUGUAACAAAACGCAAUCCCAGUUAUAACAAAUGUGUGUAUGCCUCCCCGGGAUCUGUAGGCUCUUCAGCACCUCCAUUUUACAAGCAAAAACCAAGCUUUAUUUGGUGGAAGAUUGUCGGGAUUGUAGUGCUUUUGUACUUGACAAGCUGACCCACAAAGCUGAAUAAUCUGUGCAUGCUUUUGCCAAACUAUUCGUUUUGUUGCAACGAGAUUUCAAAAAAGUGUUUAGAUUAUUAGCUUUUUGUAGAGGUGAUUAAGUUAUUCCAAUCUUGGUUCUUAGACAGGGAAUCUUAUAUAUGUAUUAUUAUUAUGCAAAUUCUGUCUUUUCUUUACAGUCAUAUUCACUUCUUUUUGGUCC